GGUCACGUGCCCUGAUUCUCUUACAUGAUCAUGUUCGAAGUGUCACAACUGAGCACCGUGAGGAGUUACUGAGCUGUGCGCACCUAGUUUGCACGGUUUAUGAUCGUUCGGUUUAGCUUCUGCCUAGGGAAGAUCUAGUGGAUUGAGGGAUGUCCGGUCACGGUCAUGGACACGGCGGCCACAGCCAUGGCUGCGGUUGCGAAGCCGAACACGAACCCGCAGAACGGGGCCUGGAGUACGGUCUGUAUCGGCGCAUUGACAUCGAGAAACUACAGUGCCUUAACGAGAGCCGAGACGGUGAUGGGAAACUUGUGUUCAAGCCUUGGGAUAAACGCACAGACCGAGAAAAGUUUGUUGAGAGCGAUGCUGAUGAGGAGCUCCUGUUCAAUAUCCCGUUCACAGGCAGUGUGAAGUUGAAAGGAAUCAUCAUUGCAGGAGAGGAUGAUGAUUCGCAUCCUGCUGAAAUGAGACUGUAUAAGAAUAUACCCCACAUGUCAUUUGACGACACAGGCAGGGAGCCAGAACAGGCCUUCCGUCUGAAUAGAGACCCAUUGGCUGAGCUGGAAUACCCCACUAAGAUUGCACGUUUCUCCAAUGUCGAACACCUGUCCAUCCACCUGUCCCGGAACUUUGGGGCGGAGUUCACAAGAGUAUACUACAUUGGGCUGCGUGGGGAAUUCACUGAGGCACACAGGCACGAGGUGACAAUCUGUAACUAUGAGUCUGCAGCCAACCCAGCAGAUCACAAGGUGGACACCAUCACUCCACAGACACACUUCAUAUCAUGAGGAGGAACAGAAGAUAAGAAGCAAGGGACAAAAUGAAGGCAUUGAGCAUUUAGUGCAAAGAAUCAGAGACCACAAAAGAUGGCGAGAAUGAUACUAAUGGUCAAGGAUAUAGAGGGAUGGAUCAAUCAGCUUGCAAAGCUGUAGCCAAAAAUUCUGGUCCGAUGAAUGAGUUGGAGCUGGUCGGUUGUUGAGCUGAAAUAAUUUUUGCUGUAAAAUAAUUGGUAACAAUAAAUUGUGGAACAUGA